AUGGAUCAGCAGCUAAUCAAUCUCGUGAACAAGCUGCAAGAUGUCUUCGCAUCGAUCGGUGUAUCAAACAAUAUCGAUUUACCGCAAAUCACCGUCAUCGGUUCUCAAAGUAGUGGUAAAUCAUCAGUGCUUGAGAAUAUCGUUGGAAGAGACUUCCUACCCCGUGGUACUGGUAUCGUAACCCGUCGACCACUGGUCCUUCAAUUGAUUAAUCGACCAGCAACAUCUAAACCUGCUCAAGCAAAUGGAGACAAAGCAGAUGGAGAAAAAGCUGAAGAUGCCAUGGCAAAAGUGCAACUCAAUGAGAACAACCCCGAUGAAUGGGGAGAGUUCCUUCAUUUACCUGGACAGAAAUUCCAUGAUUUCCAUAAAAUUAGAGAUGAGAUCGUUAGAGACACUGAGAAAAUGACUGGAAAGAACGCUGGUAUUUCACCGAACCCCAUCAACCUGAGAAUCUUCUCUCCCAAUGUCCUUACCCUCACCCUCGUCGAUUUACCCGGUUUGACCAAAGUCCCAGUCGGUGAUCAACCUCGUGAUAUUGAGAAACAAAUUCGAGAUAUGCUCUUGCGGUUCAUUUCAAAACCUAAUGCUAUCAUCUUGGCAGUUACAGCUGCUAAUACCGAUUUAGCCAACUCUGAUGGAUUGAAAAUGGCUCGAGAGGUUGACCCAGAGGGAACAAGAACUAUUGGUGUUUUAACGAAAGUGGAUUUGAUGGAUCAAGGAACGGAUGUCGUGGAUAUCUUAGCUGGAAGAGUUAUUCCAUUGAGAUUGGGUUAUGUCCCCGUAGUCAAUCGUGGUCAAAGAGAUAUCGAUCAAAGUAAAUCCAUCUCAUCGGCAUUGGAGAAUGAGAAAAGAUUUUUCGAAAAUCACUCUAGUUACGCUGGAAAAGCACAAUAUUGCGGAACACCUUGGCUCGCUAGAAAACUUAACAUUAUUCUUAUGCACCACAUCCGAAAUACCCUUCCCGAUAUCAAAGCUCGAAUCAGUCAACAACUCGGCAAAUAUCAGGCUGAGCUUGCAGCACUCGGUGGACCAAUGGGAGAAACCAAUCCUGGUAGUUUAGUCCUUUCGACCAUCACAGAAUUCUGCUCCGAAUUCCGAUCUGCCAUUGACGGUAACACGAACGAUCUCUCCCUCAAUGAGCUUUCAGGUGGUGCUCGUAUCAGUUUUGUCUUCCACGAAUUAUAUAACAACGGUGUCAAGUCAAUCGACCCCUUCGAUCAAGUCAAGGAUGGCGAUAUCCGAACUAUUCUUUAUAACUCCUCCGGUUCUACACCGUCCUUGUUCGUUGGUACAACCGCAUUUGAAGUGAUAGUCAAACAACAAAUCAGGAGAUUAGAAGAACCCUCUCUGAGGUGUUGCGCAUUGGUCUAUGAUGAACUGAUCCGAAUAUUAGCUCAUCUCUUGACGAAGACACAAACCUUUAAACGAUAUCCUGAGCUGAAAGACCGAUUCAACUUGGUCGUAAUCAGUUUCUUCAAGUCGUGCAUGCAACCUACCAACAAGCUUGUCACUGAUAUGGUAGCAAUGCAAGCUUGUUAUGUCAACACUACUCAUCCAGAUUUCAUCGGAGGACACAGAGCUAUGGCAUUAGUGAACGACAGAAUGAACGCGAAUAAACCCCCUGAGAAGCCCGUUGACCCUAAGAAGAUUCCUCCAUCCGCUCUCAAUAAUGGAAAAGAUUUGGAUGCCGAUUUCAAGAAGGAUGAACCCAGUUUCUUCAACAGUUUCUUCUCGAAAGACAAGCAGCCAAAGAAGAAGACGGCAGCUAUGGAAGCACCUCCUGCUGUCAUCAAACCUAUCGCUUCUCUCAGUGAACGUGAAUCUAUGGAGACCGAUGUGAUCAAACUCCUCAUUCAAUCAUAUUACUCCGUGGUCAAGCGAGAAAUGAUCGAUAUGGUACCCAAAGCAAUCACAUACAACCUGGUCAAUUUUGCAAAAGAAAAUCUUCAACGAGAAUUACUUGAACACCUUUACAAACCUGAAGUACUAGAAGAACUCUUGAAAGAAUCUCCCGAUAUCGUUGCUAGAAGAAGAGAAUGUGUUAAGAUGGUCGGAGCUCUGAAUGCAGCUGAAGCAAUCGUCGCUGCCGUAUAA